CCGGCUGUCCUGGAGGAAGCGAGAGAGUAUCUGCUCUUGGUUGGGUUGUGAUCCUGAGAAUGUCCUCUCUUUGAGGGCCUCAUGACCCCUCGCGAUGCUCUAGGGCCUUCGGGCUUCCUAGCGCCGCCGCCCUUGCUCGCUGUCCAUUUGCGGACUUCGGGGCCUUGGCGCGGCAGCUGCCAGAGGUCAGUUAGGCAGGGCCUGUGUCUACGGUGCCUCCUGGGGGUUGGGAGGACCCGCGGCGCCCUCUAGUGCCGGUCAAAGUUUUCAGCUAAGGUUGGAUGCCUGGAAGCCGCCCCUCUGUGGACCAAGUCCGCUCUUUCCUUUUGUAGGCGUUUUUCAAAGUAGGUCUGUGGGAAUAAUGUCUUAAGAAUCUUAUUCUAAGAACUCAGACACUCAGGUAUCCACCAUGGUGUUGGGUCCUGAGCAGAAGACGCCAGAUGAAGAUGCUUCUGGAGACCACGGGGAUUCUGCCAGUCUUGGGGCCAUCAACCCUGCCUACAGUAACUCCUCUCUUCCACAGUCCCCCGGGGGGCACUCAGAGGACGCUUUCACCACGUACUUUGAUGAGAAGAUCGCCAUUCCUCAGGAGGAGUACUCUUGUUUUAGCUUUCGUAAACUCUGGGCUUUCACGGGACCGGGAUUUCUUAUGAGCAUUGCCUACCUGGAUCCAGGAAACAUUGAAUCUGAUUUGCAGUCUGGAGCAGUGGCUGGAUUUAAGUUGCUCUGGGUUCUUCUGAUGGCCACCAUCGUGGGGCUCCUGCUCCAGCGCCUUGCAGCUAGACUGGGAGUGGUCACUGGCCUGCAUCUUGCUGAAAUGUGUCACCGUCAGUAUCCCAGGGUUCCACGAAUUAUCCUGUGGCUGAUGGUGGAGUUGGCUAUCGUUGGCUCAGAUAUGCAAGAAGUUAUUGGCGCCGCCAUUGCCAUCAAUCUCCUCUCUGCAGGAAGGGUCCCGCUAUGGGGUGGAGUUCUUAUCACCAUUGCAGAUACCUUUGUAUUUCUCUUUUUGGACAAAUAUGGCUUGCGGAAGCUAGAAGCAUUUUUUGGUUUUCUCAUCACUGUUAUGGCCCUCACAUUUGGAUACGAGUAUGUUACAGUGAAACCCAGCCAGAUCCAGGUCCUCAAAGGCAUGUUCCUGCCAUCCUGCUCAGGCUGUCGUACCCCACAGAUCGAGCAGGCUGUGGGCACCGUGGGUGCUGUUAUCAUGCCACACAACAUGUACCUGCAUUCUGCUUUAGUCAAGUCCAGACAGGUAGACCGAGCCAAUAAGGAGGAAGUUCGGGAAGCCAAUAAGUACUUUUUCAUUGAAUCCUGCAUUGCUCUUUUUGUUUCCUUUAUCAUCAACGUCUUUGUCGUCUCAGUCUUUGCUGAAGCAUUUUUUGAGAAAACCAACGAGCAGGUGGUUGAAGCCUGUAGAAGUAUCAGCAGCCCCCAUACUCACCUUUUUCCUGACGAUAACUCAACACUGGCUGUGGACAUCUACAAAGGGGGUGUUGUGCUGGGGUGUUACUUCGGGCCUGCUGCACUCUACAUCUGGGCAGUGGGGAUCCUGGCUGCAGGACAGAGCUCCACCAUGACAGGAACCUACUCUGGCCAGUUUGUCAUGGAGGGAUUCCUGAACCUAAAGUGGUCACGCUUUGCCCGAGUGAUUCUGACCCGCUCCAUUGCCAUCAUCCCCACUCUGCUUGUUGCCGUCUUCCAAGAUGUAGAGCAUCUGACAGGGAUGAAUGACUUCCUGAAUGUUCUUCAGAGCUUACAACUUCCCUUUGCUCUCAUACCCAUCCUCACGUUUACGAGCUUGCGGCCGGUAAUGAGUGAAUUUGCCAAUGGACUAGGCUGGAGGAUCGCAGGCGGUAUCUUGGUCCUUAUCGUCUGUUCCAUCAACAUGUACUUUGUCGUGGUUUAUGUCCAGGACCUAGGGCAUGUGACAUUGUAUGUGGUGGCUGCUGUGGUCAGCAUAGCUUAUCUGAGCUUUGUGUUUUACUUGGGUUGGCAAUGUUUGAUUGCACUGGGCAUGUCCUUCCUGGACUGUGGGCACACGCUUUCCCUGUCUGUCUUACAGGAGCUGAAUACUUACCUACGUCUGGGAUUGACAGUUCAGCCUGAACUCUACCUUCUGAACACCGUGGAUGCUGACUCACUUGUGUCUAGAUGACUGACAGCCUGAGAGACUCUAUAAGACCCACUUUCUCUUAGUCCUUUUGUGCCAAGUGUCCUGUUAACGUAUCUCUGUUAGUUCAGUGGUGAGUUUUGUUCAACCAUUUUGAGCAGAAGGCAAAGAUUUCCUUAUGGGACGGGUGUUAAAAGCUGACAGCUUUAAGUGUAGGUCAGAGACCCGGAGAGUCCUGCAACUGCCAGAGUUAAAUUUUUAGCCCGUGAUGGUCACACACCCCUAUGGGCUUGUGUCUCGACUUCUGGAAUUUAAAAUAUAUAUAUGUGUGUAUGUUUAGGUAAACCUGAACAUAUCAGUUUGGGUAGAGUUUUAAGGUUAUAUAAAAAUGAUAGAUCUUUUGUAUUUUUUUAACAAAUGUUGCUCAGAUAAAUCAGGUAUUUAUUUUGUCUGGAUCGCAAGUGACAAAGGAAAAGGAGCAUUGUUCUUUUUCAGAGUGAACUGGUCAAGCUGACUUACUUUUAAAGUGAUACUUGACUAUAGCCAGUUAAAUUUCACUUUGAUUUUUAUUGACCGAACCUUGGUGACUACUGAUUCUAGCACAUCAUUUCCAAAGAAAACACUUCUUCUAUUUGGCAUGUUUAAUCCUGGUUGUCGGUGUGCUUUGUGAUUGUUAUUUUCUUUGUUGCUUUUCUUGAGUUUUUUUCAGAGAUAUGAUGGUAUUUUCCAAAGAGCUUAACGCCUACGAACAGGAGCCAGAAAUCACACUGAAACCAAUGAUCAGUUUUCCCUGCUGCAUUGUAACUCAGCCCAUUCUAGCAUUUAAGUUGUAGGUAUAAAAAGAAUUCUAACAUUUAACUUUGUAAGUCCCAACAGAAGAUAAUGGAGGUAUUAGUUUUCUUUCUGAUGUGUGUAUAGUCCCACCAUGUCUUUUCUUCCCACUUUUCCCAUUAACACUCCAAACACCAUUUCUAGGUCCAAAGUCUAUUUCCCGGAGUGGCUAAUAUUUCUAACGCUGACUCUCCUAGGGAAUGCUAAGCGUUUUAAGUUAUAUAUACCAAGUAUAAUAGUAUGAGAUGAGAACUAGACUGGGACUUGGAAGAUUUGUCCACAUGUCACAAGCUGCCUGCCUACAUGUGGCUUAUAGAUAUUUUUUGAUCCCCCUGUUCCUAACCAGGAUUUUUUUUUUCCAUAAAAUUUUUAUAAUAAAACAUUUAGUAUUUAAAACUUGAAAGUUUCUACAUAACGAUCUGAUUGAAAAGUCAGAAGAUUUUCAACAUUGGGCCCACACGUUCCUUCAUGGAAGUGCAGUUGGCUUAAACUGAGUGGCAGCUAUCCAUUUUUUUUACAUCUUUAUUGGAGUAUAAUUGCUUUACAAUGGUGUGUUAGUUUUUACUGUAUAACAAAGUGAAUCAGCUAUACAUAUACAUAUAUCCCCAUAUCUCCUCCCUCUUGCGUCUCCCUCCCACCCUCCCUAUCCCACCCCUCUAGGUGGUCACAAAGCACCGAGCUGAUCUCCCUGUGCUAUGCAGUUGCUUCACACUAGCUGUCUAUUUUACACUCGGUAGUAUAUAUAAGUUCAUGCCCAGCUAUCCAUUUUUAAUGGAAUAUACUCCAGGGUGGCAUCCAUGCCUUCUUUCAUUUCCUUCCAGCCCCAAAGGCAUUGAGUUUGCAAACCCUGCAGCCUUUGUGUGUUUGAGCAUCACUUUUCUCUUUCAGCGUAAAAAUUGAAUAUCCAACCCCUCUGCCUUAUUUUAUUUUAUUUUUUUCUGCCUUAUUUUAAAACUUAGCACCUUUCAAUAAGACUUAAAAAAAUUCAGACAUUGCCUAUGUUCAUUUAUAAUGAUUUGAUCCUCUAAGUGGCAGGGAUUUUUUUCCAAGAUGAUACUUUCAAAUACCCUCAUUUCUACUUCAUGGCCCUUGAAACUUCUGAUAAGAGCGGCAUCCUUGCAACCUAGGUUAGAGACCUUCUGAUCUCAAAAAUGAAACUGAGUUAACGCCACUUAUCAGCUUUUACUUGAAAAAGCGACUUAAAAAAUGAGUUUCAGCGUUUUGGUUUCUUUAUACAGAGACAGCAAUCUAGAUGAAUCAGUUUGUUGGAUUUUCCUCCCUCCAUGGGCAAUUUCAUUUCUCAGUAGUUUCACUACCAGAGAAUAUUUGGAGAAAGAAAAAAAAAGCAAAAAAGAAAAUCCUGUUUUGCAACUCAUAAAAAGAUAAGGUGGUUGGUUAAACAGAGAUUAAGUACUUGAGGAAUUUCUGUAGCUUUUCUCCAUUCUUUAACUGUAUGUUACUAGGAACAGACUAGAGUUUACAAAAAUUUAUAAGUAUACCCCUCAGGUCAUAUAGCUCCUGUAAUCAGAAAAUUUGAUAAUAAAGCAAACUGAAUCAUGCUAAAACCAGUAGAGAAGAUUGAUGUCUAAAGGGUGAGUCUUGGGUAAAGUUUUAUGCUAAGUCAAGAAUAUUUAAUUAUUCUUUAAUUUAUGAUUUACAAAUCUGGAUUUCUAUGUUAUGUGCUUAUAUAGAUAUUAAUAUAUUCAAUCUUUUUUUUUGGCCGUGCUGUGCAGCAUGUGGGAUCUUAGCUCCCCAACCAGGGAUUGAACCCUCACCCCCUGCAGUGGAAGUGUGGAGUCUUAACCUCUGGAUCGCCAGGGAAAUCCCAAUAUAUUCAAUCUUAAGAUUAACCUAGAUGCAUAUACUCACUCAGUUCCUGGGGUUUAACACUGUGGAGUCAAUUUUUUAAAAGGAUGCUCUGACAGUGUAUACCCAGAAUGUUAGAAAAAUGCAAUUAAAUAAUUGUUACUGAGCAGCUGCUGCUACCUACCUGUGUGUUGGCUUAAUAUAAAAGGCAGUCAGAGCAUAUCCAGGCACAUGCAAUAGUUUAAUUAGUCAGUGAGGCAGAGGUUACAGCAGAUGAUGAAAAUAGCCUUCUCAGUUUUAAACAUUAUGAUAUUAAGCCACCAAACCUUUGCCCCAGAAGUAUUGUGCAAAUUCAGGUGCUGUAUUUUAUCUAUUUAUAAGGUCCUCCUGCAACGGCCUCCCCUCUUUACCCAGGCUAAUGUGGGUAAAUGGGCAUCCUGCAUACUUAACUUUUCUCCAUACAAGAUUUUACAUUUUAAUUUAAACAUAAUUUGUGAGCUCUCAUGCAUAAUACUUUUUUUUUUCUUUUUUUUGCGGUACACGGGCCUCUCAUUGUUGUGGCCUCUCCCGUUGUGGAGCACAGGCUCUGGACGCGCAGGCUCAGUGGUCAUGGCUCACGGGCCCAGCCGCUCCACGGCAUGUGGGAUCUUCCCAGACUGGGGCACGAACCUAUGUUCCAUGCAUCGGCAGGCGGACUCUCAACCACUGCGCCACCAGGGAAGUCCCAUAAUACUCUUAAUAAAUAUUUUUCAUUGCUUUUUUCAAGCAAUAAAUAUUUUACUUUAGUACUUUCAGAGUAAGAUUAUGACAAAAUUCUGGAAUCUCUUGGGUUUUGUGAGAAAAGCCCAUUUCUGAUUAAACACUUCAGUUAAUCUAUUUUUACUGCUGAGCAUAUAUUGAGAGAGUGGGAUCUUUCUGGUAGCCUGAUUAGAAGUAUCUUUUCAUUGUGUAAUCAACAUGAAGGAUGACAUUUCUAUUCCAGCCAUCUUAAAUUUUUCUGACUUUCAUGGAACAUAUUAGAGCCAACUGCUGGAAUAUUUACCCUAGUAGAAUAAAGUAGUUGGAUUCUUUCCUUGCCUAUUUUUUUAAAUUAAUUAAUUUAUUUUUGGUUGCACUGGGUCUUUGUUGCUACACGCGGGCUUUCUCUAGCUGCAGCGAGCGGGGGCUACUCUUCGUUGCAGUGUGCGGGCUUCACAUUGUGGUGUUUUCUCUUGUUGCAGAGCACCGGCUCUAGGCGCGUGGGCUUCAGUAGUUGUGGCUCACAGGCUCAGUAGUUGUGGCUUGCAGGCUCUAGAGCAGAGGUUCAGUAGCUGUGGCACACGGGCCUAGUUGCUCCACAGCAUGUGGGAUCUUCCCGGACUAGGGCUCGAACCCAUGUUCCCUGCAAUGGCAGGCGGAUUCUUAACCACUGCACCACCAGGGAAGUCCCUCCUUGCCUAUUUUCUAUGGAGGACAGUGUUGACUGAAACGUGUACUUGUUGGUGGCACUAGAAGAGCCUCAUGAUAGGUACAGAUGGCAACUUUUAAAAUAAUUACCCUGUGCCAGUAGAGAAAAGUGUAUAUAAUACACAGAACAGUGGGUAAUGUCUAGAAUGCGGAUAUAUUUUCAGAUCUUCCUGUGUCUUUCCCUUCCCAAACACUAGACUUCACCUUCCUGUCAGAGUAUUCCUCCACUACAGGCAUCAAGGAAGGGGAAAUCAGCACCACAGAUAAUAUUACAGUGUAUUCUUGAUUUUAUCUUAGUGGGUAUUUUUUUGUUUUGUUUUGUUUUCUUUCCCAGGCCUGGAGUCCGGGAAUAAAUCUGAGCGAUGGCAGUUAUGACUUCCACAAGGUCUAGCUUAGUUUUUAGAACCCUAGGGCAAUUGCAGAGGAGUUUGAUGCCACAGGUAUACUUAACAUUUAAUAUCUUCCUUGUUUCUUGUGUUUUCUACAGUGUCAUACCAGAUUAGCAGUAGCACUUCUGGACUAAAUCCUUUUUUCCCUCAAUACUGCCAUCUGAGGGAAAAGGGAUUUUUUUUAGCAAUUUACCUUCGUACUCCUAGAAAUACUUUCAACAAGUAUAAAACUGAAUACACAAAUAUUUAAAUGUUAAGACCUUUACGUUUGUGGUAAAAUAGUCGUUUUUAUGUAAGAGUGAGGUGCACAGUGGUGAACCAGAUUUAAAUAACAACAUGGCCAUUCUCCUCUGAUGUAAUUUUUGCCCAUUCUAGAAAGGAGUUUAUGAAAGCCUUAAUUACCUUGCCCUGUUUGUGGAGAAUUAAGCUGUGAAUAGAGCAUCACAUUUAAUAGGGAUAGAGAAAAUUUUUCUGUAGCCACUAUAUAACUCCUAAUUUUCAGAUUGAUUUGGCGUAAUAUAGAUUAUUUUCUGCCACUAACUAGAAAAUAAAAAUUUUAAAAGUCAGAAAAUCAUGGCCUAGCCUUUGAAAGACAUCAAGAAGGAUAUUUUUGAGCUGACUCUGUUUGUUGAUUUGGAAAUCAACUUCUUAAACAGCUGAAGUCUAUGAGAAUUCUGGCUGAAACUUCUGCAGUAUAAUUUGCUACAUAUUAAAAAUUCUUCAUAAUAAAUAGGUUUCAGAAGGCUUCUUGUUUUUCUUGUCUGAAGCUUCAUUUUUUGGACACAUUGAAGGAUCGAGGUCUAAUAUAAUCCUUAUACAUAGAAUAGAGAACACCUAGAAACCAAAAGAUGUAUAUCAAUAGUGUAUCCAUGGGAAAAAACACUGAAUUUCUUCACUUGUAUUUUUUCUAAAACCAACCUACAAUUAAAAAACAAACAAACGCCCUCUAUCUUAUUAAUUUUUGGCUUGGAUCAUAUGAGUGACUCCAGGAAAAAAAACCAAAAAACAAAUCUAAGAGCCCUUUGGGAUCAGUAUAAAUCUGAAUUUAUGACAUUACAAUGACACCCUAAAGUUUGAAUUUUAAAAUAUUGGUGAGAAAGGAAAGUGGGAAGAUUUGGCUAGAUCUUGAGAUAAAAACAAUAGGCACUUCAACUUAGAAAACAUCUAUUCAGUGUCUGCUAGUACUCAGUAUUCUGAAGAAAAGCAAGGUGAAUGGAUCGAAUCCCUGCUUCUAGGGACUUACAGUCCAGUGGAUGAAUUAGCUAUGUUUAGGCAGAUGAGGUAAAUGUACAUCUUCCCCAAGGAUGAGGUCCUAGGGCCAUGCAGAAAGGGGGAGGUGGCCAGGGAAAAUAUCCUGAGGAAGAGAGGAGCUGCUUCAGUGAAUUCCAGGGAUAUCAGCAAAUGUUCAUAUCCAAAGCAAGUUAGGGGGCUUCCCUGGUGGCACAGAAUCUGCCUGCCAAUGCCAACGACACGGGUUCGAGCCCUGGUCUGGGAAGAUCCUACAUCA